AGACUCUAACAAUGAAUGUGCUGAGAACACAUGUUUACAAUGAGAGGAGGAAUGGAGCUGCACAGGAGCAGUGGACUCAGUGGGAUUCAGAGAAAAGUCAGCACAUACAGGAGAUAACUGGACUACCUCUGUCCUUCGUGGUGUUAGUCUCUUCUUUUACAGGAGGAUCUCAUGUCAGCCGUCAUUUCGUUGGGCGAAGUCAGUUCUUUGACCUUGGGCUUUUUGUAAACAAGCCAUAACAUCAGAACUGAAUGGUGUUUACUUGAUUAUGACUGCUUUAACUUGGAGAUGGUGGCUCAUUCUUGGAGGCUGACACACAAGGAAGUGAACAAGAGUCACAAAAAUCAGGCAGAAGAGCGAGGCAGUUUCUUUCUGUAUCUGAGGACAAACAUGUAAGACGGACCAUAAUUCAUCACUUCAGCUGACUGAACUGCUCAGGGCGCUUCUUUUCUGCUUUACUGACAAAUUCAUACAGGAGGGACAAACUGUUUGCAACACUCAGGGAUGACCAGUGCUCAGCUGCUGAAAAGUUCACCUAAAGAGUCUUCAUUCUGUGGCCAUCCUUCCCAAAGGAUGGCUUCUCCUGCAGUCACCCACAACGUUUUGGGCCCCCCUCCAGUUGUUUGGCCCCCUCUAGACUUUGCGCUGGGUGCUCUGGCCUGCUGUGCAGCUUGUGUUUUCACCAAUCCUCUGGAGGUCGUGAAGACACGUCUGCAGCUUCAGGGGGAGCUUCGUGCUCGGGGAUCCUACCAGGUACACUACAGGGGAGUCCUGCAGGCCCUGCUGGUGGUUGGUCGCACAGACGGGCUCAGGGGCCUCCAAAAGGGGCUCUCAGCUGGGCUCAUCUACCAAGGUGUGAUGAAUGGAGUGAGGCUCGGCUCUUACUCCUGCUGUGAAUCUAUGGGCUUCACUGCAUUUCAUGGAGGCAGUCUGCUGUCAGGUGCAGGGGCCGGGGCCCUAGGUGCCUUCAUCGCCUCUCCUGCUUAUCUGGUAAAGACUCAUCUGCAAGCUCAGACUGUAGAUGCCAUAGCUGUUGGUCACCAACAUAACCAUCUGAGUGUUUCCGAUGCCUUUGUUACCAUCUAUAGAAGAGAGGGCCUGAGUGGUCUGUGGAGGGGAGUGAACGGGGCCGUUCCCCGAGUCAUGGUGGGAUCAGCUGCUCAGCUGGCCACCUUCACCUCAGCCAAGGACUGGGUGUCUCAUACUCAAUGGUUCAGUGCCAACGGGUGGCUCACAGCACUGAUAGCUGCCUCCAUCAGCGGUGUUGCUGUGGCUAUCACCAUGACUCCAUUUGAUGUGAUUAGCACACGGCUCUACAACCAGCCGGUGGACGAGUUUCACAAAGGGCGCCUCUACCAUGGGUUUACAGACUGUUUGCUGAAAGUAUGCCAAGCUGAGGGACCCCUGGGAUUAUAUAAAGGAAUGGGCCCUGUGUUCCUGCGGCUGGCUCCGCACACAGUGCUCAGCAUGCUGUUCUGGGAUCUGAUGAGGCAGCAAGCUGUCAAAGACAAAUAGACGCAGAAAACUGAACGGAAAACUAACCUAAACAAAUUUCAUACUGAACUUGAAAGCUUUGACAAUCUGCCCUUGUUUAUCAUUCUUGCAAGUAAUAAAUGAAGGCUUAUAUCAGCAAUGGAGCAACAGCAGCAUCUUGGCUGCAAAGUUCCUCUACAUUUCUCUUGGAUAAAAUAUUACAGAAGCUCAUAAUAUGAUCAAUAUUAGAAAAAAACUAAAAAUCAGAGUUGAAAAUAACUUCUGACUAAUCCAAAAACUUCAUAUUAAUGAAAUACAGUCUAGAAGAUCAAACUCUGUUUUACAAUUUAUCAAGAUGGGGAUAUGAUAACCAAAUGGUCUCAUAUAAGAUUAUCUUAAACCUGUGAUGAAUGUAAGGCUGUUGAUCAGCUUUCAUGAAGCAGAGCUGCUUGCUAGCUAAAAGACACUGUCUUCCAUCUUCAGUCUGUAACCACUGCUGUAUGUGUCAGAUUUCUGAUAUAUAUGCCAGUUGUCUUGUUGUUUGCCUAAAAGGAAAAACAACUGUUGUUUUUUUCUUUUUAAUGACUUGUUAGGGAGUAGAAACUGCAAAGCAGUGAAUCUACGUCAUUUAAAGUUUUGUAUAGAAGACUUGAAACACCGGAUUUAAGCACCUUUGUGGUAGUAAAUAAUUACAAUAAACAUAUUGUGUCUUUGUUAAUACUAACACAAAAUCAUUGUUUUGUUUUUUUAAUACACUUUGCAACAGAAUCUGCUUUCGUGAUGUCAACCUGAACCUUUAUCUUUUCAAAUGUCAAAUUUACUUCUGUUUGACUCCAUUUGUAUUGUCCAACUCCCUCAGCCUGCUGCGUCUUGGUGGGUUUUUUUUUUUUCUGGGUGCAGAAGUGAGGAGAAAUGGAAAAGGUUUCUUUUGUGAAAAUAAAUUAUUUUUAGCAACAAUGCUGAAA